AUGCAGUGCUCAGGAAAGCUUUUCUUCUUAGCCGUGGUCCUUUGGGCCGCGUGCUUUUGUGUUUCGGCGGACAGAUCAGGCAACGUUCGACCCGAUCCUGAAGUUAUAAAACGUGCGUUUACUCGUGAUUGUGAUACCGGAUAUAGUCUGAAAUGCUUGAAACUGGAUGCAGUAUCCUUCAUCGAAAAAAUGGCCGAAACCGAGGAAUACAGUUUAUUGCCGGGCGUAAGUGUGGUCAAGGAUAAGAAUUCCAAUGAGUCUAAAACUGCAGACAUCGUCGCCGAUCUCGCUCGGAGUUUUCCUAACGACCCGGAUAAACGACUAGACGCUUUCUUAUUUGAAAAAGUGAAUAGUUAUGUGUCGAGCCACUCGUUGAGGCUGCGCCUAUUGCAGCCUGAGGCAGUCGCGGAGGCGCGCUCUAUUGUUACCGGUCGCGGUGGCGGCGGCGGCGGAGGCGGCGGUGGCGGAGGCGGCGACAAGAAGGGAGGAGGAAUGGGAGCUAUUCUCGCCCUUGGAGCAAUGAUGAAAGGUACCUUGGUGGCCGUUGGAAUGGGCGCGAUAGCAUUAGUCGCCGGCAAGGCUCUGAUGACCGCAUUGAUGGCUUUACUGCUGUCGGCCGUGAUCGGUUUGAAAGCUUUGACCCACCAUGAACAGAAGACGACGUAUGAAGUAGUCUCGAAGCCAAUUUACACCCACAGCCACACGCAUUCAUCCAGCCACGAAGAUCACGGCCACGGCGGCGGUGGCGGCGGAGGUGGUGGCGGCGGUCACGGACACUCCGGCUACGGCAGCUACGGCAGAUCGCUCAAUUUCGAUUUACCCCAACAUCUUAAGAACUGA